CCUCCUAGUCUGGUCCUCGGAGGCCGGGCCUCCCAGCCUCCUGGUCCUGAGAGGCCGGUGGCAGUCAGGUCCCCUCCAGGCCCAGCGGACCCCAGGACCCCCAGGACCCCCCGGACCCCCAGCUGGGCGUUGCCAUGGCAGAGCAGGAGAGCCUGGAGUUCGGCAAGGCGGACUUCGUACUCCUGGACGCCGUCACCAUGACGGACUUCAUGGCCAACCUGAAGCUCAGGUUUGAGAAAGGGCGGAUCUACACCUUCAUCGGCGAAGUGGUGGUUUCCGUGAACCCCUACAAGAGCCUGAACAUCUACGGGAGGGACACGAUCGAGCAGUACAAGGGACGGGAACUGUAUGAGCGACCUCCUCACCUCUUCGCCAUCGCCGACGCCGCUUACAAGGCCAUGAAGAGGAGAGCCAAAGACACUUGCAUCGUCAUCUCCGGGGAAAGUGGGGCCGGAAAAACGGAAGCCAGCAAAUACAUCAUGCAGUAUAUCGCCGCCAUCACCAAUCCCGGUCAGAGGGCCGAGGUGGAGAGAGUGAAGAACAUGUUGCUGAAAUCCAACUGCGUAUUGGAGGCCUUCGGGAAUGCCAAGACCAACCGGAACGACAACUCCAGCAGGUUUGGGAAAUACAUGGACAUCAACUUCGACUUCAAGGGGGACCCGAUCGGUGGACACAUCAAUAACUAUUUGCUCGAGAAGUCUCGAGUGAUUGUGCAGCAACCGGGGGAAAGAAGCUUUCACUCCUUCUAUCAGCUUCUCCAAGGAGGUUCCGAGCAGCUGCUGCGUUCGCUCCACCUCCAGAAAGAUGCCUCUUCGUACAGCUAUGUCCGUGGCGGAGCUCAGCUGAAGUCGUCCAUCAACGAUGGGGCGGAAUUCAAAGCAGUGGCCGAGGCCAUGAAAGUGAUCGGCUUCAAGCCUGAGGAAAUUCAAACAACGUACAAAAUUCUGUCUGCUAUUCUUCACCUGGGGAAUUUGAAGUUUGUCUUGGAUGGGGACACGCCGCUGAUCGAGAACAACCGGGUGGUGACGGCCAUCGCCGACCUGCUGUCCACGCGGGCCGAGCUUUUGGAGAAGGCCCUCCUGUUCCGCACCGUGGCCACGGGCCGAGACGUCAUCGAUAAGCAGCACACGGAGCAGGAAGCCACCUAUGGUCGAGACGCCUUCGCCAAGGCUAUCUAUGAGCGCCUCUUCUGCUGGAUCGUCACCUGCAUCAACGACGUCAUCGAGGUGAAGGAUUACGACAGCAGCGUCCGCGGGAAAAACACCGUCAUCGGGGUCCUGGAUAUCUACGGCUUCGAGAUCUUCGACAACAACAGUUUCGAGCAGUUCUGCAUCAACUACUGCAACGAGAAGCUGCAGCAGCUCUUCAUCCAGUUGGUGCUGAAGCAGGAACAGGAGGAAUAUCAGCGGGAAGGGAUUCCUUGGAAGCAUAUCGAUUACUUUAACAAUCAGAUCAUCGUGGAUCUGGUGGAGCAGCAGCAUAAAGGGAUCAUUGCCGUCCUGGACGACGCCUGCAUGAACGUUGGCAAAGUCACCGACGAGAUGUUCCUUGAGGCGCUCAACACCAAACUGGGGCGGCACGCCCAUUUCUCCAGCCGAAAGCUCUGCGCCACCGACAAAAUCCUGGAGUUCGAUCGCGAUUUCCGGAUUAAGCACUACGCCGGAGAUGUGAUCUAUUCCGUCAUCGGAUUUAUCGACAAAAACAAAGAUACCUUAUUUCAAGAUUUCAAGCGCCUUAUGUACAACAGCUCAAAUCCCGUGCUGAAGAAGAUGUGGCCCGAGGGCAAGCUGAGCAUCACCGAAGUGACCAAACGGCCUCUCACCGCCGCGACCCUGUUCAAGAACUCCAUGGUCGCCUUGGUAGACAACUUAGCCUCAAAGGAGCCGUACUACGUCCGUUGCAUCAAGCCGAACGACAAAAAGUCGCCACAGUUGUUCGACGCCGAGCGUUGCGGCCAUCAAGUCGAGUACUUGGGCCUACUGGAGAACGUCAGGGUUCGCCGGGCCGGCUUUGCGUACCGCCAGACUUACCAGAAGUUUCUGCUCAGAUACAAGAUGCUCUCCAAGUUCACCUGGCCAAAUCACGACCUUCCCUCCGACAGAGAAGCCGUGAAGAAACUGAUCGACGGCUGCGGGUUUCAGGACGACGUGGCCUACGGGAAAACCAAGCUUUUCAUCCGCACCCCCCGGACCCUGUUCACCUUGGAGGAGCUCCACGCCCAGAUGCUCGUCAGGAUCGUCCUCUUCCUGCAGAAGGUCUGGCGAGGAGCCCUGGCCCGGCUGCGCUACAAGAGGACCAAAGCCGCCCUCUCCAUCGCCCGCCACUACCGCCGCUACAAAGUCAAGGCCUACGUCCGGGAAGUGGCCCGGCGCUUCCGUGGCGUCCAAACCAUGACGGACUAUGGGAAGAACGUCAAGUGGCCGACCCCUCCCAAAGUCCUGUGGCGUUUCGAGGAAGCCCUGAAGGCGAUUUACCGCAGGUGGAGGGCAACCCGGCUCAUCAACAGUCUCCCCCCCGAAGACCUGCCCCAAGUCAGGGCCAAGGUGGCCGCCUUGGAAAUGCUCAAGGGUCACAGGGCGGACCUCGGCCUGCAGCGAGCCUGGGAGGGCAACUACCUCAUAGCCAAGCCGGACACGCCUCAGACCCCGGACACUUUCGUCCCCGUCGCCAACGAGCUGAAGCGGAAGGACAAAUACAUCAGUGUCCUCUUCUCCUGUCACGUCCGUAAGGUCAAUCGAUUCAAUAAAGUGGAAGACAGAGCCAUUUUUGUGACUGACCGUCACCUUUAUAAGAUGGACCCCACUAAGCAGUACAAAGUGAUGAAGACCAUCCCCCUCUACAACUUGACUGGAUUGAGCGUCUCCAAUGGGAAGGACCAACUUGUGGUCUUCCACACCAAAAACAAAAAAGAUCUGAUCACCUGCCUUUUCAGCGGACAACCGACAAGUGAGAGUCGGAUAGGAGAACUCGUCGGCGUCCUGGCGAAUCAUUUCAAGAGCGAGAAGCGCCCACUGCCAGUGACGGCUACGAACCCAGUGCAGUGCCACCUGAACGGCAAGACCUGCACCGUGUCGGUGGAGACCCGGCCCAACCAGCCGCAGCCCCACUUCACCAAGAACGGCUCCGGCUUCAUCCUCAGCGUCCCGGCCAACUAG